AUGAGUACAUUAAAAGAUGAAAAUAGCGCUGAGUUCACCUUUAUAGAGGCAAUAAAAGACGCACUACUAACACAACAUAACGAAGAGCCUACAAGGCUAACUGGCAGAGACAAGGCAUCACUGCUCGAUAUUGUGAUGUCAGAUAUAGUCUUAAACGAUCUAGACAUCACGUUAGAGGCGCCAAUCGGAAAAAGUGACCAUGUCCUUGUCAAGAUAGAUGUGCCACGAGGCAAACAGUCCUUCCUAGUGCUUGUGUUUGUUACCCUCGUAAGCGUUCUGAUCUGGAACUGCAGCGACUCGUAUAAUGUAACCUACAAUAACGUCCAGUUGACCUUGAAUCGAAUGCAAUCAUCAACCACAUGUGCAAACAAGAAGACAAACGUCGCUUUAGUCAAAGUUCACAAGUGCGUGAGUGACCUUAUGGCCAAGAUGUUGAUGCGGUUUGCGGAGAAAAAUCACCUGGAAAUGCCCUUGAACAAUACAGUUACCUACAUCAGCUAUCCCUCAGAUGCUUUCAGAUCAGUAUUCAAUUCAUCCGUUGAGCCUAAUACGUAUCAGGUCAUGGCCAUGCACACACUUUACAACUACUCCUAUUGGAACUCUCUAAUGAAGCACCCUUUCCACCUGGUCGGCCUUGUUAGGGAACCACUGGCUCAAUUCAAAUCCUACUUCAGCUAUUUUGGCUACAACCAAAGAGUUUCCUCCGUUUACUCAAACUUCACUACCCAGAAAGGAUCUCUGGAUUUUUUCCUGGAAAAUUACAGUGACAUCAUGAUGCCUAACAACUGGCAAAAAGUGCGAAGUCAUAUAAACAACUUACGAAACACAAUGAUGUUUGACUAUGGCGGAAGCAGUUUAACCUCAGAAUCAGCAGCUGAAAAGUACAUUGGCGAAUUAAUGAACAACUUCACCGUCAUGAUAGUUGCCGAAAAGUUCGACGAAAGUCUAGUUGUGAUGAAGAAUAAACUAUGUUGGGAUUGGUCAGAUAUUGUUUAUGUUAAGGCUAACGUCGGUAAUUACAAUUACGGAGAAAACACAACUUUGGAAAAUAAGCGUAGAGUUUUACACCAACAGUUUUCGCCAUUUGAUUACAUUCUCUACAACAAAUCAGUAACCAAGUUACAAAACGACAUUGAAAAGGUAGAAAAUUUUGAUCAACAACUUCAGGAGUUUCGAAGAGUGAAUAAACACGUGGUAAGUUGGUGUGAACAAAAAAACCUGACGAACACUUCCUCGUUUUCGAUGCAAACUCUGUUCACAAAUGGAGGCGAGACAUUUUAUGACUACAUGGGAUGCAAAAGGUUGAAGCAAUACAUAAUAUAUUAUAUAGACGAAAUGAAUGAAUCUAGAAGGAGAGGAAUUCACUGAUAGUUAAACCAAGCAGAUGUCAUAAAUUUAUCAUAUAG